AUACGCCUCUCCUCGGACAAACUGAGUUUUGAUCUAGUGCCCGAUUUGGGCAGCAACCUCACCUACUCAACGGUGAUAAGAGUGAAUAGAGCCACCUCUUGGCAUUCCGUUGAGUUGGACUACAAAGCGGGCGAAAUCACUUUCACCGUUGACUACCAUCUGCGACAGAGUCAAAUGUUCGGUUUGACUUUUAAUAUCGGUGAUAAGUUAAUUAUAGGUAGCAGUCUUAAGUCGGCCGCCUCUGGGCUGGUCGGCUGCAUACGUGACAUCGAAAUAAAUGGUCAUCUCAUCGAGCCACGACAUGUUGUGAAGACGGAACGUGUGGUAGGCGAGGUGGCGUUGGAUAAUUGUAAUUACAUUGAUCCGUGCAAACGGCCGAAUACUUGCGAACAUGGCGGCAAGUGUUUCGUGAAAGAUGAUCGUGUCACAUGUGACUGCAAACACACCGGCUAUAUCGGCAAGAACUGUCACUUUACGAAAUACCGCAAGACUUGCGAGGAACUGGCGCUGCUUGGAUACACCAAAUCUGAUGUAUAUCUCAUCGAUAUUGAUGGCAAUGGUGUUUUUCCACCGGCGCAUGUUAAGUGCGACUUCCAGAGCUUGGAGAAUGCUACAAAAACUAUUGUCGAGCACAAUCUGCCGAGUCAAGUUGAUGUGCGUUCGACUAGCGAAAGUGAUUUUAGCUAUAACAUUCGUUAUCGUGAAUUCUCACCAGACAUGUUGCAAGAAUUGAUCUCACAUUCUUUAUAUUGUACGCAGUACAUCAAGUAUGACUGUUAUAAGGCGCCUUUGGAGCUGCACUCGGCAACUUGGUUCACUUCGUCCGCCAAAAAUCUGACUGUGGAUUUUCUCGGCAACGCAAAACGCGGUGCUUGCCCUUGCUCCAUCAAUAAAACAUGUGUGGACCCAAAUCAAUCAUGCAACUGUGAUGUAAAGGAAAACAAAUGGUACUCUGAUGAGGGCUUUUACAAUGAGCCGCACAGCCUUGGCAUAACGAAUAUGUACUUCUUGCAGCAAAAGGACUUGGAGGAGGACUCACAAGGGCGUAUUACACUGGGGCCAUUAGAGUGUGUGGAAACAAACACCCAAAAGUAUGUUGUCACUUUUACCACAUCGCAGUCGUACAUCGAAGUGCCCGGCUGGCGGAAGGGCGAUAUUGCCUUCUCCUUCCGCACCACCGGCGAAAAAGCCAUUCUACUCUUUCAGCCACCCAUUCGUCCGAACCAUCCAUCCUUUAUGGUCGCGCUCACCGGCGACUAUCAGCUGACAUUCAAUUUCACCCUCAGCACCGGCACGACAAGAGAGCUAGUAAUUAACUCGCAUCGCAAACUGAAUGGAGGUGAAUGGCAUAAGAUUUGGAUCGACUACAAUGAGUAUCACGUGCGCUUUAUGAUAAAUACAGACUAUCAAAUGGUUGAUCUGCUGCCGGAGGAGGAAUUCGGACCAUUCGAGGGCAGCAUGUAUAUCGGCGGCGCCACAGCUGACCUGCUGAAGAAGCUCUCUGUUAAAGCUGGCCUAAUUGGUUGCUUCCGCGGCCUAGUCGUCAACGGCGAAAUACUCGACAUUUACAGUUAUAUGUCGGUACAUCUUUCAGAGAUAAUUAAAGAUUGCAAGCCGUCGUGUGUGCCGUCGCCGUGUAAAAAUGGCGCACAAUGCAAAGAACUAUGGAGUACUUUCCAGUGUGUGUGUAGCAAUCCCUGGGCGCACAUCGGUGAAUUCUGCGAAACAAACAUCAACGAGAAGGCACUUACCUUCAUCACACGUGAGUCGUUCUUGAUGCGCAAUUACAUUAGCACACCCGCUGCUACGCCGCCCUUCCUGCCGGCCGCCUACUCCAUCUACGGCAUCAAUGAGGAACGGGACAUCAUCAAAGGCAUACUCGCACAAGACAUACUCAUCAACUUACGCACUUACGAUGCGAAUGCGUUAGUCUUAUAUGCAAACGAUCAUUACAACAAUUUCGUGCACUUGUAUAUUAGCUCCGGUCGCGAAAUUGUCUUCCUCUAUAAUUAUGGCGAUGCAAUUGUUAAUUUGACUAUAGUUGAUGUGUCCGUGAGUAGCCUGAACAGCAUUCAGGUGGCCAUUGAGCGUGAGGAGCAACGCACCACGAUGCACGUGAACGAGCAGAGCGUGAGCGUGGAGAGAGGCAUGAUGCUAUUGGAUGAAUACAGCAACAAACCGUGGGUUAAUCCGGAGAAAGAGGUUCUCUCACCACACCGUCCACCCGCACCGCCAACGGAGUACUUCCAAUUUAAUAUUGGCGGUUAUGAUCCUGCGAAUUUGCUAAGGCCCAAUCUGGAUGCUCCUGCGCUGCAGGGAUAUAUUGGCUGUGUGCGUGGCCUGAAAAUUGGCACAAAUCUAAUCGACUUGGCUGACAUCAACGAACGGAAUAUUUCGCCCACCAUGGAAGGUGUGCUGCCCAACUGCCAAAUCAAAUGUGACGCCGAGCCUUGCAAAAAUGGCGGCAUAUGUAAAGAGAAUUUCGCCAAACAGGAGUCCACAUGCGACUGUGAGCACACCAGUUUUCUGGGUGAAUUUUGCAUGGAGGAGAAGGGUGCGGACUUUAGCGGCGAAUCAACAUUGUUGCGUAAAUUCGAGCUUACCGGCAAAGUGGACUACGUGCGAUUGCAAUUGGCAUUCUCCUCGUUCGAUUUGCGGCGUGCCAACCGUGUGAUGUUGUUAUUGCAGCCGACCGGUGAUCGCAGUUAUUACCUGAUGGUAGCCAUUAACGCUGAUGGCCAUCUACUAUUCGAAGAGGACCGUGAAGGGCCGGCCGUUGGGGCGCACAUCGAUCGAAGUUUUCUGAAUAAUGCACGCCACUCCAUCUACUACAUACGCAACGGCAGUGAGGCCACUCUGUAUAUUGACCGCGAAAAAGUGCCAUUGACAAAGAUACAGACACGUGCUCCGGUGCCGACGAGUGAUGUGGGUGGAAAUCGUGUACAAAUUGGUGGCAUCAAUACAACAGAUGCGAGAUUUGCUGUGUUCAAGAGUUAUAGCGGCUGUCUGUCGAAUAUUUACAUACAAGUGAAUAAUUAUGUGAUGAAACCGCUGGAGGAAUAUAUGCUCUUCACCAAAUCAGGCGCCGACAACAUAACUGUUAUUCACCCACAGGGUCUGCGCAGCGCACAGUGUAUAGCCAAAUUCGAUAUUUCGGAGCAGCCAUCACAGGAACCAAUGGUCAACGUGAGCUCGAGUGUCGAGACUUGGGUUGAAGAUCCACCGCAACGCGUCCUUUAUGUAGCCAAAUUCGGUUACGACGUUUCGGAGAAGGAGGACUCCACGCAAGUGGUAUUCAUAACGCUGACGUCGCUCUUCGUGAUCAUAAUCAUUUGCUGCCUAAUAGAGGUGUACCGCAGUCAUCGUGCCUAUAAGAAACGCAUCGAACGCCAGACCGACGAGGAUAUCAUAUGGUCAAAGGAACAAGCGACGAAAAUGCAUGAAUCGCCAGCUGUGGCGGGAACACAGUCUUACGCCUACAAAGUGUUGCCACAGGAUGAAAAGAAGUCGGGAAAUGGCGCUCCGCUGGUAGGUAUUUUGAAAAAUGGCAGCGCAGCUGGCGCCGCAACUGUGGCAGGUGCAGCAACGCCGGCUAAAGAGAAUGGUAGCACAAAGAAAAACGGAGAUAUUGACGCGCGCAUCGAUGAAGAGGAUGAAGAUGAUGCCGAGGAUGCCACAAAAGCAGAAGUAGACAAAAGCUUAGAUGAAGCCUUGGAGGCAACACAGCCUGAGAAACAAGCGGAUGAAAAAGAGAUUAGUGAGAAAGGCGCUGGGGACACACUUAAGAAGAAAACUGCAAAAGCAAACGAAGAAAAACCUGUAAGCAAUGCUGAUGCAAAUAAGAGUCCAAACGAGAAACCGAACGACGGGAAGGCUAAAGAGGAAACAAAAGCUAAAGAUGAAAGUAUCGAACCAGCGAAACAAGAUAAAUCCAACGUAACGGCGAAGCCAAAUGAAGAAGCGAGCCAAGUGACACCCAAAAGCACCGAGUCUCUUUCUCCAGCGCAGCAGCAAAAUCUAGAGAAAGAGACUCAAACACCUGCCCAAAUAGAUGUUUAUUUGGUAGACGGAAAACCGCAACAGACGAAACCUGCUUCCACAAAUGGUGCAACAGCGAACGGUCACGGCACGCAAAAAAACCCAAAGCACCAACAACAACAACAGGCACAGUCACUGCAAGCCAAUGCAACACGCGUCGAACGCAAGCCGUCGGUUAAACGGCAAGUAUCCUGGGGACCACCAACAGUGGCUGAAGCGGAUGCGGAAACGCUCAAACUCACCAUCACAGCACCCGUCUACAAACAAAACGGCUACUACGUCGGCAGCACCAACACAAGCAACAACAAAAACAAUGCAAAUUGUGCGACAAUGACAUGAAAUUGGCGCGUGAGCCAGGCACUUGCAUACACAACAACAAUACAAGCAAAGAAUUUCAAAAAAUACAUAAAGACAUUAAGUAAACUGCUCUAUAAAUAGUUUCAUACAAUCGCAUCAUCAUAUAUUUAUAUAAGGCAAACAAGUGGACGCAGAAAGUCAUAGAGAUAUUAUAUGGUUUAAGAUAAUUAAUAUAGCCGCCGGAUAUCUGGCGCACUUCGAAAAAAUGGGUUAACCAGCAUAAGCAAGCUUAUGCGCAUUUUUUUACAACAAAAAGUAGUUUUAAAUUUGACGUCGAUUUGUAUUUUGAUAACAAUAAUACAUUUUAUUCACAAUAAGACAUAGGAAUACAUACAUAUACAUAUAUAUGCAAAUGUAUAGGGAUACAGAUAUGAGUAAAUAAUAUCGAAAGCCUGAGAAAAGGAAGUGGAGCCUGGAUUAACUCUCAUUAUUCUCACUUUAGAAAAUAUGUUCAAGUACACAGGAUAUAUAUCACAAUGAUUUAUUUUAAUAGCUCUAUCCCGUUAACUUAGUGAAAGGGGUUUUUAGACAUUUGGUUUUCCAAAAUAAAGAAUACGCAUUAAACUUUUUAUUACGAUCAAGAAUUUAGCUUUAUUAUAAAGAGAAGUUAAGGGUAUUCCGUCUUAAAAAUGAUUUCGGGCAGUGAUUAUCGCGUCUGCAUGAAUUAAAAUCCAUUAAAAUCCUACUUUUGCAGCAAUGAGACCGUUGAUCAGUAAUAACUUGCUAACUUAUCUCUCUGAUAGUGUCAAACAUAUCGGGAUUAUCUGUGUAAACAAGCGACUUCAAAUAGCUCCACGCACAUUACAAGCGCGUUAUAAGCGACAUUAUUUUUGAAGAAAUAUGGGCCAAGAAUACCCGCUGCCCAUAGAGCACAUACAAGAGAAUAUAUUUGAGGAUAUAACAACGUCUCAAUAACGACUUGGGGAUUAUCAGGACUUCCAGUUUCGUUCAUUAACAUACCCAUUGGACCAAAAGUUACCUACAUCGCUAAGCAAAACUUUCUUGUAAAAAUCUGUAUCGGUGGCCAUCUCGUUUUGGGCCCAUUCACCGAACGUGCGAGCGCUUAAUAGUCGUUCAACUUCAAUCCUGGCCCGAGAUAGAUUUUGUAGACCGGCAAACCGGUGUAAGUUCAUUGUAAAAUGGCCGACCAAACGAGUAUAUGGUAAAUCAAAUAACAGCUGUCAAACAGAUCAACUCCGAAAAAUUACUGUCUCAUUGAAACCCACAAAUCUGAGAAAAAAUUUGUUAGGGGGUAUUCUGGUCUAGACGCAUGAAUUUCAGGCAUUUUUUAAACAAAGAUAAAAAAAAUUAAAACAUUUUUACCAUCUAUUUCUUCCCUUGUAGCGAUCUAAAACACAAAAAACAUGAAGAUUCUUCAUUAGUAAGGAUGUCGUUAUCGGGUUGAUUAAAAUGAUCAAAAAUAAAAUUAAAAAAAAAGAAUGGCGUCGACUUAAAAAAAAAAAUUGUAACCCGUUUUUUUCGACGCUUUUGAAUUUUUAAAAAUACUUCAAAUCAAAAUUUUUAGAAAUCCAAGACAGGCACGAUAGAGCAUUGCAUAAAGAAGAUAGACACCAAAUUUCAAAGGAAUCGGUUUAGUAGAACUUGAGAUAUCAUGUCAACCACCUCAAAAAGGGUCUUUCGAGAAAAUCGCGAUUUAAGUUUAAGAGACAAUUCUAGUGAACACGGGCGCCACGUCAAAAAUCGGCUGUAUCUCCGAAAAUAAGUCGAGUUUUGAAAAAUCCUUACACGGUCAUAUUUUUAAAAGUCUAAACUUUCAAAAUAUACAAAAAGAAAAUCGAUUUUUUCAAAAUCCUUGACCAGAAUACCCCCUUAAUACUGAUGUGAGCAGUUAAGAAAAUGGAGCAGUGAUGACCAGAACGUGUACUACUGUGAUCAAAUUGAAAGGUGAAUUUUGUCCAUUUCAUCUCCUUAAAAGUAAUCUCCUCCCGCUGCAAUGCACUUAUACCAAUGAAUUUCCAGUCAUCAUAGCACUUGGGAAAAUCCUCCGUCGUGAUGGCCAUCAGAGCCUUCUUCGAUUCAGCUUUUAUAUCCUCAAUUGAGUCAAAACGGUGUCCUCGGAAUGGUCAUACGAAUUAGCUGAAUAGCGAGAGCGGCGGUUGUGGUACGAUAUUAGUUGAAAAUGUGGCGAAAUGGUCUCAAAUAACCAAUGUAGUAUGAGAUGAUGCAUUAUCGCACUUCUUUGUUCAAUAUAUUCACACAUAAUAUAAAUCGAAAAAUUCACUUUUAGAGCCUCACAA